UCUGUACUCUUCAUCAACUCCACUACACCAUCACCGUCGCCAUCACUUCAUCAUGGACCAGUUCAAGGCAUUCUCACAGCAGCUGAACCCUCUUGCUGCCAAGCUCAACAAGCAGUUUGGUCAGGUCAAGCAGUUCGCCCAAGAAAAGAUGGGAACUGCCGAGGAUAUUACUGAACUUCCCCAGGAGUACAAGGACUUGGAGAAGCGCGUUGAUGCUCUCCGCAACAUGCACAACAACCUCCUCCGUGUCACCCGCACCUACCAGAACUCGUCGUACGACUACCCAGCGCAACUUCAGGAGACCCUCGGAGAUUUCGGCCGUACUGUGACGGACAGGAUCCAGUCGGUCGCACUUUCCCCCGCGGAAAAGGCAGCGUCCGAGGCCGCGGCCCUGGAGGAGCGCAAGGAGUCGGCUCCACCAAAGACUCUUGCGCACGCGCUCUCUCGCGCGAGCUUUGAGGGAUCAGAGCAAUUAGGACUGGAGGAGCCAAUGGGUUCGGCGCUGUUCAAGUUUGCGACGGUCCAAGAGAAGAUUGGGGAUUUCCGUCUGAAGAUGGACCAGGAGAUCACGACGAAGUUUGUGCAGCCUUUUGGAACGACGUUGAACACGCAGAUUGGAUUUGCGAUGAAGGCAAGACGCAAUGUGCAGAAUGCGCGCUUGUCGUUGGACUCGGCGAAGGCUCAGUACAAGACUGCCAGGCCUGAGAGGUCAGAGGCUACUCGUGUGGAGGUUGAGCAGGCCGAGGACUUGUUUGUUGCGGCUGUUGAGGAGGCGACUACUCUUAUGAAGACCGUUCUUGAAAACCCCGAGCCUCUCCGAAACUUGGCCGACUUGGUUGCUGCUCAGCUCUCGUUCUACAAGGAGGCACAGGAGAUUUUGUCCGAUGUUGCACCGGAGAUUGAUGAGCUCUCCGUCACCCAGGAGGCCUUGUACCGCAACAGCCGAAACGAAUAGAGGUGCUGCGGUUGGUACCGGUGGAGGAGGGGGGAAGAAUAGGACGAUAUUGCGAGACGAAUGGGGAGUUGUUAUUCAGUAGGAGACGGCUUUUACAACUUUGAGGAGGCGAGGAGAAUAUUACACCAGCAGCUUGCACUACGCGACUUUCUUGAAUAUAUAAAAAAAUCUUCUGCUUCUUGCCAUAUCAGGGCGAAGCAGAAUGUUGUCAAUAGUCAAUAGUCAAUAACUGAUAUGUAGGAUAACGC